AUGCGCAGACCGGGCUCCAAGGCAGCACAGAGAGACUGGAGAGUGGUCCCAGCCCGCGCAUGCGCCCCUGCCCCCGCCUCCCAUCCCGCGCAUGCGCCGUGCGCCCUCCGCCUCAGUUCUCCUCAGGCGAGGCGGCGGCAGGUCGUGAGGGGACGGAGCGGAGCCCACGCCGGGCCCGCGGCCUCCUCUCCGCCGGCCAUGGAGCCCGAGGCCUCGGGCGAGGCCAGCAGCGCCGGCGGGGCCGAGGCCGGAGCCGGAGCCUUCAGCCCCGAGGCCGGAGGGUGGGCGCCGGCCAAGGAGACCCCCGGAGGUCUGGCGCUGAAGAAGAUGGUUCUUACAGAGGCGCCGUCACUCACCGGUCAGCCGGGCGCCGGGCAGGGAAAGAAGAUCGGUCACCGAGGGGUUGAUGCCUCCGGGGAAACGACAUACAAGAAGACCACGUCUACCACGCUCAAAGGGGCGAUCCAGCUCGGGAUCGGCUACACGGUGGGAAACCUCAGCUCCAAGCCGGAGCGGGACGUCUUGAUGCAGGACUUCUACGUGGUGGAGAGCAUUUUCUUUCCCAGUGAAGGGAGCAACCUCACUCCGGCGCACCACUACCCGGACUUCAGGUUCAAAACGUAUGCGCCCGUGGCGUUCCGCUAUUUCCGGGAACUUUUCGGCAUUCGUCCGGAUGAUUAUUUGUAUUCACUAUGCAACGAACCCUUGAUCGAGCUGUCCAACCCCGGAGCCAGCGGGUCCCUCUUCUACGUGACCAGCGACGACGAGUUCAUCAUCAAAACCGUGAUGCACAAAGAGGCAGAGUUCCUCCAGAAGCUGCUCCCGGGAUACUACAUGAACUUGAACCAGAACCCCCGGACGCUGCUGCCCAAGUUCUACGGCCUCUACUGCGUCCAGUCCGGGGGCAAGAACAUCCGGGUGGUGGUGAUGAACAACAUCCUGCCCCGGGUGGUGAAGAUGCACCUCAAGUAUGACCUCAAGGGCUCCACCUACAAGCGCCGGGCGUCCAAGAAGGAGAAAGAGAAGUCCAGCCCCACCUACAAGGACCUGGACUUCAUGCAGGACAACGCUGAGGGCAUCAUGCUGGAUGCGGACACCUUCAGCGCCGUGGUGAAGACGCUGCAGAGGGACUGCUUGGUGCUUGAGAGCUUCAAGAUCAUGGACUACAGCCUGCUGCUCGGGGUCCACAACAUCGACCAGAUGGAGCGGGAGCGGCAAACGGACGGCGCGCAAAGCACCUCGGACGAGAAGCGCCCCGUGGGCCAGAAGGCCCUCUACUCCACCGCCAUGGAGUCCAUCCAAGGAGGGGCCGCCCGCGGAGAGUCUAUCGACACCGAUGACACGAUGGGUGGCAUCCCGGCUGUGAACGGCAAAGGGGAACGCCUGCUCCUUCACGUUGGCAUCAUCGACAUCCUCCAGUCCUACAGGUUCAUUAAGAAACUGGAACAUACGUGGAAGGCUCUUGUUCACGAUGGGGACACGGUUUCGGUCCACCGGCCCAGCUUCUACGCCGAGAGGUUCUUCAAGUUCAUGACCAACACGGUCUUCAGGAAGAGCUCCUCCCUGAAAGCCUCUCCUUCCAAGAAAGGGAGGAGCGCCUUGCUUGCGGUCAAGCCGUCCGGCCCGAUGGCGGCCUUUUCGGCCAGCCAGAUCCCUUCCGAGAAAGAAGAGACGCAGUACGACCUCCGGGCCGCCCGGAGUUACCCCACUUUGGACGACGAAGGCCGUCCCGACCUGCUCCCUUGCACUCCUCCGUCUUUCGAAGAGGCGACCACGGCUUCCAUUGCGACCACGCUCUCCUCCACGUCUCUCUCCGUCCCGGAAAGGUCUCCUUCGGAGUCUUCCGAGCAGCCCCGGUACAGGCGGCGUACACAGUCCUCGGAGCAUGAUGGAAGGUCUCGGGAACAGGUCCGGGGAGAAGACGAUCUCCAGCAGAUCACGGUGGAGCUGAGGCCUAAAUGUGACGUCGACAUCGUGGCCCCGGACAUGGCUGCCGCAGGAGACGCUGCCUCCGUCGCGUGUGCCGCUGCCGCGUUGCCGUCCACAGCGGCGGAAGUGGAGACGGCCAGCCAGGCCUCUGAGCCAGCCAGCCAGGCUUCGGACGAGGAGGAGUUGCCGGUCCCAGAUAUCUAUUUUUUCACGGACGGACGGUACUGGAUUUACUCCCCGCGCCUGCGCAGGCUCCGGGCCGCCUCAGUCUCCUCUGAGGAUCCACCGACCGACGAGCGGAGCUGGGUCUAUUCUCCUCUCCACUAUAACACCCAAACCCAGUCCGUCUCCGACGCCGAGAGCGAUACAUAACUUCUAUGCAAUCCCCGACAACAACCCAAGAGGAGUGCGUUCAUCCCGACUGCCGCCCCGGAUGGAGGCAUUCCUUUUCGGCCGGAGCGAGAGGACUGAGCGGGGGGAAAAAAAAAACAAGGCCCGGUUUCGGCGCAUUUCGUUCUCCAAAACUUGUAUUUAUAUCCAUCCCAAAUCAGGGCCCUGUGGGACGCCUGAAGGCCGAGCCGGGCAGCGGACUGCUGUGCCGGGCGGCGGACUUCGCCCGAAAGUGCACUACUUAUAGCUACCUAUCUGUAUGUGAUACUGUGAAGCUCCUUUUGCUUCCCUCCCCUGCCGCCGCGUCUUCUCCGAAUCAUGUAUUUAUUUCAUUCCUCUUCGCCUGCGAGAAACGUCCUUUUGAGACAUGGAAAAGCCAAGAAAAAUUGGCGCCCGUCUGCAGGUCCUGGCUCCAUUUGGGACACGGAAGAGUUGAGAAAAAUGGGUGCUCGUCUGCAUGUCCUGGCUUCAUUUGAGACAUGGAAGAGCUGAGAAAAAUAGGCGCCCGUCUGCAGGUCCUGGCUUCAUUUGAGACAUGGAAGAAUUGAUAAAAAUGGGUGCCCAUCUGCAGGUCCUGGCUUCAUUUGAGACAUGGAAGAGUUGAUAAAAAUAGGUCCCCAUCUGCAGGUCCUGGCUCCAUUUGAGACAUCGAAGAGCCGGGAAAAAUGGGUGCCCGUCUGCAAGUCCUGGGUCCAUUGGAGACACAGAAGAGUUGAGAAAAAUAGGCACCCGUCUGCAGGUCCUGGGUCCAUUUGAGACAGGGACGAGCCGAGAAAAAUGGGUGCCCAUUUGCAGGUCCUGGGUCCAUUUGAGACAUGGAAGAGUUGAUAAAAAUAGGCGCCCAUCUGCAGGUCCUGGCUCCAUUUGAGACAGGGACGAGCCAAGAAAAAUGGAUGCCCAUCUGCAGGUCCUGGGUCCAUUUGAGACAUGGAAGAGGUGAGAAAAAUUGGCGUCCAUCUGCAGGUCCUGGCUCCAUUUGAGACAUCGAAGAGCCGGGAAAAAUGGGUGCCCGUCUGCAAGUCCUGGGUCCAUUGGAGACACGGAAGAGUUGAGAAAAAUAGGCACCCGUCUGCAGGUCCUGGGUCCAUUUGAGACACGGAAGAGCCGAGAAAAAUGCGUGUACGUUUGCAGGUCCUGGGUCCAUUUGGGACAGGGAAGAGCCGAGAAAAAUGGGCACCCAUCUGCAGGUUCUGGCUCUAUUUGAGACAUAGGAGAGCCAAGAAAAAUGGGUGCCCGUCUGCAGUUCCUGGAUCCAUUUGGGACAUGGAAGAGCUGAGAAAAAUAGGUGCCCGUCUGCAUGUCUUGGAUCCAUUUGAGGCACGGAAGAGUUGAGAAAAAUAGGUGCCCGUCUGCAGGUCCUGGCUCCAUUUGAGACACAGAAGAGUUGAGAAAAAUAGGCGCUCAUCUGCAGGUCCUGGCUCCAUUUGAGACACGGAAGAGCCGAGAAAAAUGGGCAUCUGUCUGCAGGUCCUGGCUCUAUUUGAGACAUGGAAGAGUUGAGAAAAAUAGGCACCCAUCUUCAGGUCCUGGCUCCAUUUGAGACACGGAAGAGCCGAGAAAAAUGAGCAUCUGUCUGCAGGUCCUGGCUCUAUUUGAGACAUGGAAGAGUUGAGAAAAAUAGGCACCCAUCUUCAGGUCCUGGCUCCAUUUGAGACAGGGACGAGCCGAGAAAAAUGGGUGCCCAUCUGCAGGUCCUGGGUCCAUUUGAGACAGGGACGAGCCGAGAAAAAUGGAUGCCCAUCUGCAGGUCCUGGGUCCAUUUGAGACAUGGAAGAGGUGAGAAAAAUUGGCGUCCAUCUGCAGGUCCUGGGUCCAUUUGAGACAUGGAAGAGGUGAGAAAAAUGGAUGCCCAUCUGCAGGUCCUGGGUCCAUUUGAGACAUGGAAGAGGUGAGAAAAAUUGGCGUCCAUCUGCAGGUCCUGGGUCCAUUUGAGACAGGGACGAGCCGAGAAAAAUGGAUGCCCAUCUGCAGGUCCUGGGUCCAUUUGAGACAUGGAAGAGGUGAGAAAAAUUGGCGUCCAUCUGCAGUUCCUGGGUCCAUUUGAGACAGGGAAGAGUUGAGAAAAAUGGGUGCCCAUCUGCAGGUCCUGGGUCCAUUUGAAACAUGGCAGAGCCUUGAAAUACACAACCGACAUCCUUUGGGAAACAAAACACACACAACGAGGAUUUGUCCCUACAGAGGUUGUCCCUACCCUUCAAUUACUUACUCAAACUGUCCUGAGGCGCCUGAGAAAUGUAAAAGUCCUUUCGAACGAGGCCCAAAUUGAAGGCAGUCUUCCGUUUUGCUUCUUCUUCAUGGUCCCUGUGAAAUGCGCACAUACAGGUCCCCUGCUUUCCAGACGUCCCCUCGCACCCAUGAGGUUUUCGGCCCCUUUCCAGAGCGAGGAGACGAGAAACUUCCCGCUCUGCGAUGGACCAAAAUUGAAGCGACCUUUGGGGAUCCCAGAGCCAUUAGAUGAGAAACUUUCCACUCCUCGAUGAACCAAAAUCAAAGCAUUCUUUGGGGAUCCAAAGGGAAAAUGGGACAAGGAGAAGGGAUCCUUCCACUCUGCAUUUCGUCAUGUCUUCGGGAUCAAAAUCGCCACCCAGGGUCGAUUUUAUUUGUGUCGAAAACCCACCAGUAUUUUAAUUUGGAUUGUGACGAGGAUGUCUGUCCAAGUUUGGUCCCGAUCCAUCAAGCCAUGUAUGAGCCUUUGAGGAACAAACGUAUAUACAAAUCUUCCAUUUUGUCAUUUCUAUUUCUAUGCUGCCCUCUUGUGGUUGCCCCUGAGAGUGCCGUAUGCAUAAAUACAUUCCCAUAUAUUCGUGUUGAGGGCCCUACCACCGCCCAGCGUUGACUUUAUUUGCCUCGAAAACCCACCAGUAUUUUAAUUUGGAUUGUGACAAAGAUGUCUGUCCAAGUUUGGUCCAGAUCCAUCAACUCAUACAUGAGCCUUUGAGGAACAAACAUAUAUACAAAUCUUCCAUUUUCCAUCUCUUGCUUCAAUGUCGCCUUUCUAUCUCUUUACUGCCCUAUUGUGGUUGCCUCUGAGAGUGCCACAUACAUACAUUCCUGUGAAUUCAUUUUGAUGGCCCUACCACGGCCCAGGGUUGAUUUUAUUUGCCUCGAAAACCCACCAAUAUUUUAAUUUGGAUUGUGACGAAGAUAUCUGUCUAAGUUUUGUCCCUAUCCAUCAAGCCAUGUAUGAGCCUUCGAGGAACAAACCUAUAUACAUUUCUUUGAUUUUGCUCCCCUUUCUAUCUCUCUACUGCCCCCUUGUGGUUGCCUCUGAGAGUGCCACAUACCUACAUUCCCGUGAAUUCAUUUUGAUGGCCCUACCACCGCCCAGGGUUGAUUUUAUUUGCCUCGAAAACCCACCAAUAUUUUAAUUUGGAUUGUGACGAAGAUGUCUGUCCAAAUUUCGUCCAGAUCCAUCAACCCAUGUAUGAGCUUUCGAGGAACAAACAUAUAUACAUUUCUUUGAUUUUGCUCCCCUUUCUAUCUCUCUACUGCCCCCUUGUGGCUGUCUCUGAGAGUGCCACAUACCUACAUUCCCGUGAAUUCAUUUUGAUGGCCCUACCACCGCCGAGGGUUUAUUUUAUUUGCCUCAAAAACCCACCAGUAUUUUAAUUUUGACCACAAAGAGGAUGUCUGUGCGAAUUUGAUCCCGAUCCAUCGAACCGUGUAGGAGCCUCUGAGGAACAAACAAAUAUACAUACAUUCACAUUGAGAGUUUGAAUCUCGAUUUUUCGGAGUGCGAAGAAGUCCUUUGUUGCUUUCCCGAACCCUUAAAUGAAGACAAAAUCCGUUCUCAGGUCGAUAGGAGAAAACGUUGUUAAUUGGACUACUUUAGACGUCUACAUUAGACCCUAUAAUGUAUAUAAUCUAUACCUAUGUUUUUGAUGUGUAUACAUACACAUGCGCUCUCUAUGUAUAUGGUUAAUUCGGCGUGGUUUUUGUUGUUCUCGUUCUGGUUGCAUUUCUGUUUGGGGACCUCCUUACUCCAUGUUUUGACGUGUGCGUUGUACAAAGGAUGUAUAGGAUUCAUGUACUGGGAUGAUACAUUGUACAUGGCUUUUUUGUGUGUGUAGUCUUGGAUGUUAAAACCAGAGGCUGUGUAUGUCUCUCUGUAUGUGUUCUCUAUCCAUAACAUAUGUACACGGAAAUGCAUUCCUGUAUAAACGGUUCCUUCGCUGGGCUUCUUUUCUUCCCCUUCUCUGUAAAUAACUCUGGAUUUAGGGAAAUGUAAGUUGCUUUUAAAAUAACACAACAAGCAAAAGGGUUGGGGUCUUUAAAACCCGCCAGAAUUUUAAUUUGGACCACAAAGAGGAGGUCUGUCCAUGUUUGGUCCAAAUCCAUCAAACCAUAUUUGAGCCUUUAAGGAACAAACAUAUAUACAUUUCUUUGAUUUCACUCACCUUUCUAUUUCUAUACUGCCCCCUUGUGGUUGCCCCUGAAAGUGCCACAUACAUUCCCGUGUAUUCGUUUUAACAGUCCUACCACGACCGGGGGUUGAUUUUAUUUGCGUCGAAAACCCACCAAUAUUUUAAUUUUGACCACAAAGAGGAUGUCUGCCCAAGUUUGGUCCCGAUGCAUCAAACCGUGUAUGAGCCUUUGAGGAACAAACAUAUAUACAUAUUUUGCUUUCAUGUCGCCUUUCUCUAUGCUGCCCCCUUGUGGUUGCCCCUGAAAGUGCCACAUACAUUCAUUCCUGUGUAUUCGUUUUGACGGUCCUACUACCACCGGGGGUUGAUUUUAUUUGCGUCGAAAACCCACCAAUAUUUUAAUUUUGACCACAAAGAGGAUGUUUGUCCAAGUUUGGUCCAGAUGCAUCAACCCAUGUAUGAGCCUUUGAGGAACAAACAUAUAUACAAAUCUUCCAUUUGCCAUCUCUCGCUUUGAUGUUGCUGUUCUAUCUCUAUGCUGCCCUCUUGUGGUUGCCCCUGAAAGUGCCACAUACAUACAUUCCUGUGUAUUCGUUUUGACGGUCCUACCACCACCUAGGGUUAAUUUUAUUUGCAUCGAAAACCCACCAGUAUUUUAAUUUGGAUUGUGACGAAGAUGUCUGUCCAAGUUUGGUCCAGAUCCAUCAAACCAUGUUCGAGCCUUUGAGGAACAAACAUUUAUACAAAUCUUCCAUUUGCCAUCUCUCGCUUUGAUGUCGCUGUUCUAUCUCUAUGCUGCCCUCUUGUGGUUGCCUCUGAGAGUGCCGCACAAAUUCAUGUAUUCGUGUUGAGGGUCCUACCACCACCCAGGGUUGAUCUUAUUUGCCUCGAAAACACACCAAUAUUUUAAUUUUGACCACAAAGAAGAUGUCUGUCCAAGUUUGGUCCAGAUCCAUCAAACCAUGUUUGAGCCUUUGAGGAACAAACAUAUAUACAUAUAUUUGAUGUCACUCACCUUUCUGUCUAUACUGCCCUCUUGUGGUUGCCUCUGAAAGUGCUGCAUACAUACAUUCCCAUGUAUUCGUUUUGAUGGUCCUACCACCACCCAAGGUUGAUGUUAUUUGCCUCGAAAACCCACCAAUAUUUUAAUUUCGACCACAAAGAAGAUGUUUGUCCAAGUUUGAUCCAGAUCCAUGAAACCGUGUAGGAGCCUCUGAGGAACAAACUUACAUACAUAUAUACGUAAAAAUUCACUUUUGAGAAUUACGACCUCAUUGGUGUCAAUGGGAAGAUGUUUCGCCAUAUAUAAAAAUUAGGAACGGGCCAAAAUAAUGGACGUGGCAGGCAAUAUUCGGAGAAGCAAAUGCAUUUCUUUCAUUGUUUUUCCCAGUGUAAUUUAUUACCAAGCGCUUAUUUAAGACAGAUGUCUGUGUGUUUCCUCCUCGAGGUUUAUUUUAUUUUUUGGGCAGACAAUAGCCAAUAAAAUAGGACCGUGAAAUCGUU